GUGACGGUAUUGUACUGCUACUACUACUACUACUACUACUACGGUAGGUCGUAGCACCCGCCCUAUGGAUUGGCAUUGCGGUGAGAAGCUCGUCUCAAGGGCUAAUCCACAACGCUAUUGACUAUUGACAUCAUCUCACCAACGGAUCAUUUUUCACUUACUUCAGGUGAAAGGACUAACAUUCUCUCGAUACAUAAAGGGAGAAGAGGAGAAACUGAGUCAUACACUCAUAACUUCUAGCAAUCAAGUGGAGCUAGCAGAGCUGUGACUGGCUCAGGUGAUUGGCUCAGGUCAGGAAUGGUGGAUAACUUGCCGGUAGGAGAGGAGACCUUCCUGUAUUACGCCAGCUUUCCCUCAGAACAUCACGAAUCGGACAUGGUGAUAGACACAGGUGUCUACCAGGCGGUGCCCUCUCCGUUUUCAGAGGACGACCUGAGUGACUCGUCCAGCCCUUGCUCCUGCUCCAGCCCUGAGUCCCAGGUGCUGGGUUCCAGCUACGGCAGCAGCAGCUCCAGUGGAGAGAGCCAGGAUGGCCUCCUCGACUUCCUGCUCUCCCAGGCCACCCUUGGAAGUGGAGUUACUCCCACUCUAUCUCCCUCAGUACCACCCAUCCUCCCCAGGGGUCUAGCAUGGGAGUCGAAGACGGACCGCCUGUUUCAGCCAACCAAAGAGGAGUGCUUUGAGUUCCCUGUGUUCCCAGUGGACCUGGAGGAUCAUGUGGGGCUGCUGUUUCAGCCCACCCUGGAGGAGAUAGAGGAGUUCCUGGAGGAGAAUAUGGAGGUGGUAACGUCGAAGAAGGAGGCUAGUGAGCGAGGGAUGUUGGAUGUAGACAGUCAGGUGGCAGGGUUAGAACCUGGGCUAGAGCAGUCAGUGCCUGUUGCCAGGGCUACUGUCCCCACCACAGUGACCAAAUACACAGCAACAUCCACAAUAACACAUUCCAACGGUUGUAGUGGGAUUAAACAGGAGGAACCUGCUGAAACACCAGCCUCAGGGGAGGGGUCUGGCUUGACGCCUGUCAUCUUGCAGAUUCAACCAAUCCAGAUUAAGCAAGAGCCCAGCCCAGGUGUGAUACCAACACCAGUACCACCGCAGUCCACCCUGCCCUCCUCAGACAUAAAAAUCGCCCAGCUCCUGGUCAACAUCCAGGGCCAGACGUUUGCCCUGGUGCCCCAGCUGGUGUCUCCAGCUAAUCUCAAUGGUACGUCUUCCAAAUUUGUGCGCAUCGCGCCCGUACCCAUCGCCGCCAAGCCCCUGGGUCUCAGGGAGGGUGGGCUUGCAGGUGGCCAGGCUGCAGGAAUCCUGGUGGGAGGACAGAAGUUCCAGAAGAGCUCGGUUACGGACCUUAUAAAAAUGCAUAAGUGCACUUUCCCUGGCUGUGCCAAGAUGUACACCAAGAGCAGCCACCUGAAGGCCCACCUGAGGAGGCACACGGGGGAAAAGCCCUUCGCCUGCACCUGGCCUGGCUGUGGAUGGAGGUUCUCGAGGUCAGACGAACUCUCCAGACACCGGCGCUCUCACUCUGGAGUGAAGCCUUAUCAGUGUCCCAUCUGCGAGAAGAAGUUUGCCCGCAGCGAUCAUCUUUCCAAACACAUCAAAGUCCACCGCUUUCCAAGAAACAGCAGGACAGUGCGAUCUGCAAACUGAGCACAUUGACCUCCAGGUCCUGCUAGGCUGAGGCCACGCCACAGGACACAUGGAGAGACAGAGAGAGAAUGUUUGUGAGAGAGAGUGAAUGAAUGUGGGAGAUUGCUAAUAGCAGAGGGGACAGUGGGACAGACAGAAUGAAUGUGGGAGAUUGCUAAUAGCAGAGGGGACAGUGGGACAGACACAAUUAAUGUAGGAGAUUGCUAAUAGCAGAGGGGACAGUGGGACGGACAGAAUUAAUGUGGGAGAUUGCUAAUAGCAGAGGGGACAGUGGGACAGACACAAUUAAUGUAGGAGAUUGCUAAUAGCAGAGGGGACAGUGGGACAGACACAAUUAAUGUAGGAGAUUGCUAAUAGCAGAGGGGACAGUGGGACAGACAGAAUGAAUGUGGGAGAUUGCUAAUAGCAGAGGGGACAGUGGGACAGGCAGAAUGAAUGUGGGAGAUUGCUAAUAGCAGAGGGGACAGUGGGACAGGCAGAAUGAACUUUCAAACAACAGUUAAUGGAGAGAGUGUUUGAAUGUUUUGUUUGUUUAUGUGUGUGUGUGUGUGUGUGUGACGCACGUUGGUGGUACUGUGAUAAUUUAUUGAGUAAUGCAGAGACUCAAAAGAGAAAACAUUUAGAAAAAACAAGAACUGUUACAUAACAUGACAUCUUCACUGGUGCAUGAUGGGAAGUUCAGUGCUUUAGCGGGAUUUACACUUAAAGCAAUGUUCCCGUGUUCGCAGAUACUGCAUUUACAGUAAACGCUGCAUAUGCCGGCUCAAUCGGAAAUUACUUUUAAAUUGCAAUGUCGCUAUAGCGCUGAACUUCAGCAGCACAGAUUGAAUCGAGUCCUAAGUUUCUUGUAAAUAGCUUUUCUUAAUUUUUGUAGGUUUUUUUUUCAUAAAAAUGUUUAAGAUACGAUUUGAGAAUAUAAAAGAGGUUUUGUUAUGCAAAGUAUUUUUACACUUUGAGGUUUGAAUGAAUUGUUGUUGAUGUACCUGCCUAUCAUUAACACAUCAACAUUCCUUCUGCUGUAUAUAGAAAUGAUCUUCUCAUCACCGAGGGAGUUUUUACGAUGUACUUCUUCAAACCAAAAAAUUACAGUUAGUAUUCAAACGUUCAUGUUGAACUACUGAUCAUGAUCAGAAUCAUGCCAUUAUAAGCUACCGGCAACAUGUGGAGGCUGUCUCCUAUUUUCACUACAGGAGCAAUAUGACGACUCAUGCCUGGUAAAGGCUGGAUCAGCUAACAGUGAACUGCCAACUGCAAAACAACGAGGUGCAGCAAAAAAUAUUUUAUGUUUUAUGGUGUGUUGUUUAUAUGUGAACCGACUGGCUUUCUGAUCACUAUUGAAGACAUUGAAGAACUUUUCCUUUUGUAUAUUUGUAUACAUUAGCUGGAGGAGCUGUUAUUGUCAUUUUCUUUCAUUUUGUGUUAUGUCAUUGGCGCUUAAAGCUGGCCUUCUCUGGGGCCAAUAUGUCAACUGAGUAGGCCUACGUAGUAUCUGUUUGAAUAUAAUGAUAACACUUAACCCGUUGGUGACUGUAUUAAAUCUUCAUAGCACAUAAGCAUUGAAUGCCUAGCCUGCCAUGUUGUAUACAGCGUGUGGAUGUCAGUGACAGUCAAUCAAUGUACAGUUUCAAACAGUGCUGGUAGGAGCUACAGUAUGAAGGACUCAAACCAUACACUUCAAUGUCAGUCUAAUCAAUGCUUUCAGUAAAAUAGUUGAACUAUAUUUUUUAGGGAUUCUUGAAAAACUGCAGCUACAGUAGCUUGAGGUAAGUCUCCUCGAUAUCAGCACAAUCGUCUGCCUCGUGUCAUCAAUGCAUGUUGCUGAAGCACCCUACAGUGUUUCAGAAGUGACCUCUGUUUCAAACUGGAACAACCCCCAAAAGCCUUUUUAGCAGACACACAGCAGUGCCAACCUAGCCAAGCUUCCUGGGCUAUUACAUUUCAUCUGGAGGAGCUGGAAUUGCAUGGUGCUAUAUUUGGGUGGCAGGGAGCCUAGUGGUUAGAGCAUUGGACUAGUAACCGGAAGGUUGCAAGAUCAAAUCCCUGAGCUGACAAGGUAAAAAUCUGUUGUUCUGCCCCUGAACAACCCACUGUUCCUAGGCUGUUCUUGAAAAUAAGAAUGGGUUCUUAACUGACUUGCCUAGUUAAAUAAAAAUAAAUGUAGUUACCUCCUCUGGAACAUGUGAAGAAGUAAAUGGUGGUAGAAAUCUUAGCCUCCAUACACAAGUUCUACAGUCACCUUCCUGAUCUACAGAUGACAUCACAGGAAGACACACGAUUGGUUUAGUGAAAUACAGUACUCAAAUACUGUAACGUUUAGGAAUGUUUUUAUUUUUAUAAUGCUUUCUUUUCCCUGUACGAAACUGCACUGUCUAUGAUGGCCAUGUCCUUUCUGUGUUAACGUUGUCUGAACCUGAGGGGUCUAGAGAGGGCAGUAAAACUUAUACUGUAGCAAUGCAUUCCUUAAAUCCCAUUUUAAAUGUUUUUAAAAACAGGUUAUUUUAACCCAUGAAUGUAUGUAAAUACUGCAACUACACCUAAAAGGAACGGAAAUAUUAUUGUAAUUAUUUCUGUGAUUGCGUACAAUUCUAGUGCAUGUGUAUAUAAUGACAAUUCAUUAUAUGUUGUUAUAAAUAUUAUAUACUAUUAUAAAUAUUAUAUAUUUUUCUUUGUUCUACAUACGAUGCAUUUACAAAUUAAACAAAUCCAAAAGAUGGA